GUGAUGACAUGUUCCAUUGGCAAGCUACAAUAAUGGGACCUAACGACAGUCCCUAUCAGGGUGGCGUAUUUUUCUUGACAAUUCACUUCCCAACAGAUUAUCCCUUCAAACCACCUAAGGUUGCAUUUACAACAAGAAUCUAUCAUCCAAAUAUUAACAGUAAUGGCAGCAUUUGUCUUGAUAUUCUACGGUCGCAGUGGUCUCCAGCACUAACUAUUUCAAAAGUACUUUUGUCCAUCUGUUCUCUGUUGUGUGAUCCCAAUCCAGAUGAUCCUUUAGUGCCUGAGAUUGCACGGAUCUACAAAACAGAUAGAGAAAAGUACAACAGAAUAGCUCGGGAAUGGACUCAGAAGUAUGCGAUGUAAUUAAAGAAAUUAUUGGAUAACCUCUACAAAUAAAGAUAGGGGAACUCUGAAAGAGAAAGUCCUUUUGAUUUCCAUUUGACUGCUUUCUAUGAGCCCACGCCUCAUCUUCCCCUGUGCACAUGUUUACCUGAUACAGCAGUGCUGCGUGUUGUACAUACUUGGAACAACAAAAUAGAAAUACUGUAUUUCCCCGUACCAAUAUUGACUCCUAGCAAAGAAGUGUGUGUGUGUGAAAAGCUAGUUCUUCAGUCAUAACUUUGUGAGCCUAAAAGCAUUCCUUAAGUGGGUAAUACGGCGUGAAUGGGAGAGUUCUGGUGGGUGCUAUAUAUUUCUAGGGACAGUUUUACCUAUCCAUGAAGGAUUUUAAGUGGAAUCCUUUUAAACUCACAACAGUUAUGAAAAGCAAGGUGAAGAACUUGAAGCUGUUUCUGUAUUCAUUUUAUUCUGAAGGACCUACACCUUAGGUAAAUGUUAUGACCAAUGAGAUAAACUGUACCCACAUCCUGUGUUUAAGGUCUAAGUUUAACUGGUCAACAUUUAAAUGGAUUGGAGCUAUUAGUGCAUCAAGUGAUGUUGAUUUGUUUCAACUCUCUCCCCUCCCUCAUACUUUUUUUGGUUUGUAUGUGGUUUCUCAGUUAAUACAUAGCUAAUAGCUCUUAUUUUUCUUAAGUUUUUUAACUGCUUAGGUCUUUCUGGAUGUAAGGGUAAAAAUUCAUUUGACAGAAAACUUGUGUAUAUUUAAAGACCCAGCUGCUCCCCUGGAGCUUGUACGUUCAAGAAUGAUUAAUCUGUGUAAUAAACUGAUUACUACAGUCAUUACAUAUAACUUUGUGUGAAUAGGCUUUUAAUUUUAAGAGCAGUUUGUUACAGGCUGAAACUAAUGGUGGAUUUCCUUAGAACUUCAGCGUUCACAAAUGGUUGCAUUUGAAAAUCAUGAAGGAAUUUGGGUUGCAUCACACAAGGCUAUGCAGCUGAACAAGGCAGACAGCUUAAACUUACAUGAAAUCAAGAUGUGUAGUGUGCCAGGAACUUGACUGUUAAACCAAAUAAGCAGUUUACUAAAUGAGAAUCUGAGUGACAUUUUACAAAGCCUAAUGGUGGUAUUCCCACUUGCAUGGGACUUAACACAAUGCAUAUGUACUGUAGGUAAGUGAAACCUUAUGUAACUAAAAUAAUGGAUGUAAAAGGGUAAAAAAAAUUUACCAAACACAUCAGCACAAACUUUCAUAAAAUGUAGCUUUUACAUAAUUACUUUGCACUAAACAUUUGCAAAUGUUCAUACAGUUUUAAAUUGUACUUGUAUGUGUCUUUUUUUGAACAAAAAUCUUCACUUGAAUCUAGUGAAAAUGUAGUUUGAAACUUUUUCUUUGUAUACAAGUGUAUUUGCCAGCAUCAUUCAUGUGAAAUAGGUGAGUCUGCAAGUUUAUCUCCUCUUAAGAUAAUUGUAAACAAAGCCAUCAACUAUAAAGGAGAGGCUGUAGCCUCCAGCUCUCUGGCCGCAGGGGUCUGUCCCAUCCAUUUUCAAAUGCAUCUUUACACUCUUGCACAAACGAGGAAUAAAUGUCCACUGCUUUUGGUCUAAA